GCACUACCGCCCCCUUCCGCUAUUAUCGAAUUGGGGGAAAAUGUGAUUUUGCGGCGCUGUGGACGUUCCUUGUCGUUAAACCGAACCGCGGUGUUUGUGUUUUGAUUUUUUUUUUUUAAUUUGCCGCCGAUAUGCCUGUUCAUUCACGAGAAAAGAAAGAAAACAAUCACGAAGACAUGGAUGUCGACUACCCGGAGAAUGAAGGCAGUAGUACGGAUGAGGAAGAUACGGAGAGCUCCUCUGUGUCAGAGGAUGGGGACAGUUCAGAAAUGGACGACGAAGAUUGUGAAAGGAGAAGAACAGAGUGUUUAGAUGAAAUGUCCAAUUUGGAGAAACAGUUUACAGAUCUAAAAGAACAGUUAUACAGGGAAAGAUUAAGCCAAGUGGAAGCAAAGCUUGAGGAAGUUAUAGCAGGAAAAGCUCCUGAAUAUUUGGAACCUUUAGCAACUUUGCAAGAGAAUAUGCAAAUCCGAACAAAAGUUGCAGGUAUCUAUAGGGAGCUCUGUUUAAAAACCGUAAAGAACCAAUAUGAAUGCGAGGUGCAGGCUGCAUUCCAACACUGGGAGAGUGAGAAGUUACUUCUGUAUGAUACUGUCCAGAGUGAACUGGAGGAGAGAAUUCGGCGACUUGAUGAAGAUCGACACAAUAUUGAUAUCACAUCGGAGUUAUGGAAUGAUGAACAACAGUCGAGGAAAAGCAAGAGGAAAGAUCCAUUUAGUCCAGACAAAAAGAAAAAGCCUGUAGUUGUCUCUGGUCCUUAUGUUGUUUACAUGUUACAAGACCUUGAUAUACUUGAAGACUGGACAACAAUUAGGAAGGCAAUGGCGACGCUUGGGCCACACAGAGUAAAGACAGAUGCAUCCACCAAGACAGAAAAACAGCUUCACAGUGCCAGAUCAGAAGAUGGCAGGUUAUUUUAUGAUGGGGAGUGGUACAGCCGUGGACAAACUAUAUGUAUUGACAAGAAAGAUGAAUAUCCAAUAAGUGCCACAAUAACAACCAUCAACAAUGAUGAAGUUUGGUUUAAGAGAACAGACAGCAGCAAGUCAAAACUAUACAUUUCUCAGCUACAGAAAGGAAAAUAUACCAUCAAGCAUAUGUAGCUUCAUAAUUUUUAUGUCAGAUCUUUUUUUAAUGAACUUUUUGUAUCUACAACAAUGAAGAUGCUUUGACAUCUCAACUAUUAAUAACAAUGCAGUUAAUUCAAUUUAUUGAAAUAUUUGGCUAUUAAAUGUGUUUAGUCUUAUCUGGCUUGGAAAUGUUACUUGAAUGGAAAUACUUUAUAUAUUGUCACUUUACUAGUUUACUAUAUUUUUCAUUGUGCAUUUUCUACUUUACUCAUUAUGAAAACUAAGAUUUUUUUUGUUUAUGAACUGUAUGCCAUGGAAGUCGAUUCCUCUCUGUUACUGUUUUCCUCAAAUGGGUGAAUGGAUUUUGUCGAUAUUGUGAUCUUUGUCUCAGGUGCUUGAUUAAAGCCAUGUCUAAUAUAAAUAAACUGCCCAUAUAAU